CAGAUGGAGCAGGUGAGCCACGGCGGACGGCAGAGAAACAGACGAGUGAACCACGCUGAAGUCUCUCUCGUUUCUGCAGGUUUUCUAAUCGUCUUUGUUUUCCGAGCAAAUGACCUGAAAACGUUGCAGAUCGAAUCCGGGUUUACAAACGGCAGCUCGAGAUGGCUUUGGUGCCUUAUGAUGAGAAUCUGCUUCCGGCGCUGUCAAAACUUCACCAGACUUCAGCCGAGUUCGAUCUGGCCAAUCACAGGAUCAGACUCAGCCAGGACUGGAAGCGAUUAGGGGUCGCUGCUGUGGUCUGGGACGCGGCGGUGGUGCUCUGCAUGUUCCUGGAGAUGGGAAAGGUGGAUCUGAAAGGAAAGAGAGUUAUCGAGCUUGGAGCCGGCACGGGUUUGGUGGGCAUUGUCGCCGCUCUGCUUGGAGCCAAUGUGACAAUUACAGACCGAGAGCCUGCGCUUGAAUUUCUCUCCGCCAAUGUGCGAGAAAACGUUCCUCCGGGCCAGCAGGGGGCGGUACAGGUAUCCGAACUGACCUGGGGUGAGAAUCUACAUCUGUAUCCCACAGGCAGCUUUGAUUUGAUCGUGGGGGCCGACAUUGUUUACCUGGAGGAGACGUUUCCCGCCCUCCUGCAGACGCUGGAACACCUGAGCUCGGAGGACGCGCCGGUGCUGUUGUCCUGCCGGAUUCGUUACGAGCGAGACGAGCGGUUCCUCGUGGAGCUGCGCCGGAGCUUCUCCGUGCAAGAGGUCUACUACGACUCUCAAAGGGACAUUCACAUUUACAGAGCCGUGAAGAACAAGACCAACACUGAACUGUAAGAGCUUGGGUGGAGGAAACGUCGGGUGGAGUGAUUCAAAGCGUUUUAGGCUUUGCAAAAAGUAUAGAUGAUUAAAUGGCAAUAUUUAAAAGG